AUGGAUUUCCUUGUACUACCCAAGGUCACCGUAGAUCUACCCACAACCACCGUCAAUACGGAAGGGUGGAUUUUACCAGAUGGAAUCCAAUUGGCUGAUCCGACAUUCUUCCAGUUCAAGGAAGUCGACGUUGUCCUGGGCAUCGAAGCUUUCUUCGAGUACGUCGAAACUGGUCGAAGAAUUUCGAUUGGAACCGAUUUACCAAACCUGACUGAAUCGGUAUUCGGUUGGCUAGUUUGUCGUGGAUUAUCGUCUAUAAAACACGUUGAAAUUGGCUGUCAUUUCUCAGCAACAUCCCAGCUCGAAAAGUUACUUGAGGUGGAAUUCCCAAAUUCCCAUUCCCCAGAAGAGCAACAGUGUGAAAGUUUGUUUCAAAGCAAGGUUCGAAGAGGUCCAGACGGGCGGUACACUGUUCCUCUGCUCAAAAAUGAAGACGUCCUUUCUAAACUGGGCGAUUCGCGGGCCAUCGCAUUCCGAUGGCGUCUAGGAACGGAGCGUAGGCUGGCAAAAGAUGCCAACUUGCGGAAUCAAUAUGUCUCGUUCAUGGACGAAUACGCACGGCUCGGGCACAUGCGGAAGGUUGAAGAUCCUACCAAGGACAUCAUCCUGUGGUCAAGGAGGCCAGUACCACCACCAAAGUGA